AUGCAAGGAAUAGAUGAUGAUCCGGAGCAGUCUGAACUUGUUCCUGUAGACAGUCUGUCCAGUAGUGCUCGUUCCGGAAUGCUUGCUAGAACACCUACUGUUUCCUUCCGAGACGCCCCAUUGAUGCUUUCUGGAGAGCCUGAUGCUGGAAGUGCUACUAUGUAUAAUCACUCUGCUCAACCCAUUAGUAAUAAAACAAAUAAUAUUCCUUCUGUCGGGAGUCCAUUGCGUCCGUCGCAAGUCACUCGAGCCGGACUCUUGUCAAAAGAAGGAUCUUCUUUAGCUCGCAGUAAAACAAUGCCUUCCAACACAAAGGGCAUUGUCAGGUUUAAUGACAGUGGCUCUGAGGACGGAUCAGAAAUGGUCAAUCUUUCAAAAAACAGUCUUGCUACAGCCAACAACUCAAUCACUGAGCCUGCUAGCAGAGCAUCAACCGAUUUACGUCGUAACAAAUCUCUGCCCUAUCGAGCCAUUGAGGAACGACGUUUAGAAAACGAGCGAGAAGCAAAGACGAAUGCGUCGAGCAACGGAACCCCAUUAUUGCGAUCCAUGUCAUUUGCAAAAAGACCUGCUAAACCACUACAGAGAUACAAUACACUUGGCUAUCCUAAAGUUGAUCGCAAACUAUCUACCGUAACUGCUAAUGUCGCAUCAGGAUCCACAUCCAAUGCCGCCCCAAAACCUAUUCACAAUCUGGUCAUUCCUUCAUCACAACAGAUGGCACUGGCUUCACAGUCAUCUCCUUUAUCUGCUCUCUCAUUCACUAGUACAAAUACUUAUAACGAACCAGCUUAUCCACCAUUGAUGGCCCCACCCCUUAAUACUUCUCAAAUCACCCAACGACGAGGCAUGCACAUUACUGCUGUCAAUUAUGUUACUCAUGCAGACACUACAACACCCUAUGGCACUCCCCAGAAACAUCUGCCUCCGUUACCACCGCAAUCUGGCUUACAUCGUAAAAACAGUGUCGCUGCGUCUAUUAUGCAGAAACUUCCCAUCGAAUGGCAAGAACAAUACAAGCAAAACAUACACGGCUCAUAUAAAUUUCGUGCAUUUGGACGAAAGGCAAUCAGUUUCCAACAACGACAAUGGUUUACAAACAUUUGCUGUGUCAGUCUGUGUCCACUUAUGAUGGUUCUCGUUUCGUUUGUGCUCAAGUUUGCAAUUGCCAAUCUUAGUAACAAUAGCAAUAACAAUUAUCAAAUUCUUUAUUGCAGUAGUGCUCUAUCAAUCAAUGAACAGAACUGGCCCAUUUUUAAUCUUUCUGGAAUUGGAAUUGCUACAUCUUCUCCGUCUUUGGUACCCAAUGCGGAUUCUAGUAUGCCUGUACGUCACGCCAAUUAUUUCUCUAGAGCAUCCUUGGUUGACUUAUCGUCCAAGGACGUGUUUUCUCAACUUAGUUCAACUACUGUUGCUGGCGGUAUGCCCUGUGUAAACUGGUUUGGAGGAGAUUAUCCUCGCAAUGAUGAAAGUGUUUAUGAGCGUGUUCCUCGUACAUCUACUCAUCCAGAGUACGCAUUUAAAGAUUCGUUGUAUGUUUCUGAACUCAAUUCUGGUUGGCUUGAUCUACUUCAACCACUUCUUACCUUUGCAGAUCCGGCUCGACAAGCUCAAGCGUUGAGUCUGGCUCGAUCUUUUGCAUUAUACCAGAUGCGACCCUGGGCAGUUGUAUCUCUUGGUCCUAAUGUAAAUCCAAAUGACAUUGGCUCUUCCCCAAAACAGCCGCUUCUUGCCGAUAUAUCUCAGAUCCCUAAUACAUUCUUUACUCCAGCAUCAACUGCAAAAGGCAUGCUAGACACGAUUGAGCCUAGAUACAAUGUUGAAAUCAGAUUUUCUCCUCCUGGUCUUGGUGGUGCACAAAAAGUUCCUUAUUUCAAUAUUACAAAUUCAGCCAAUGUAAAAGAUAUGGACGCCUUGUUUUAUUCCACCAUUCAGCAGGCUAUAUCCAACCUCGCUCGAGUUGACUCUUCGGCUCUUCAAGGAAAUCCUUCUGAUAUUCAAAUGGCGUUGGUUCUUGGAAAUCUAAACAAGGCAUAUUCAAACGUGCCCUAUGCUGGGAUUGGAUUCAAAACCGUGGAUCACUCAAACAAGAAAUACUCUUAUAUCCUUCAAGUUGGUAAAGAUCAGAGACUGGAACGAACUCCUGGAUUCCCCUUGGCAGGUCUUCGUAUGUUGCUUCAACAGGCUCAACUUAGCAAUGCUAUUGUUCGAUUCUCAUCUCCCAAAUUGGCAAGCACUGUUAUCACUCAGGGACUCCGAAACUUUCCCUUUCUAGCCAAACCUUCCUUUGACAUUCCCUUUGGUUCAAUCAUUGGACGCAUUUUAUAUCCUUUGGGUAUUUCUUUUCUUUUACCUAUUUUCACCAUCUCUCUUGUUCGUGACAAGGAGUCAAAGAUUGUGACAAUGAUGCGUAUGAAUGGACUCGGUAGUCCAGCAGCCUACUACCUAUCUGAAUACAUCACUUUCUUUUUGACAUUUUUGGUGUCCACGGCCAUUUUUUGGGUCAGUGGCUAUUUAACCUCGCUUGAGCUUUUUUCCAAAACAGAUCCUCUUCUUUUGGCAAUCCUGUUUUUUCUUUGGGGAAAUAUUCAAGUCACUCUUUCCAUGUUCUUCAACUCUCUUUUCCGUCAAUCGCGCUUUGCUCUAAUCAGUGUAUUUCUGAUUGUGGUCUGUGGUGUUGUGACAUCUUUUAUUCUUGACGAGGUUUUUUCUGGAAGCAGUUCUUUUCCGACCAUUUUGUUUGUAUGGCCACCUUUUGCGUUUUACCGUGCACUUGGAGUGUUGAAUAAUGCUGCAACUUCUUCACAACAAACUCCAUACUCUGUAUCACGACUUGUUCCUGGAGAUGAAGUUUUUACUGCAGUCAUGACGCUUUUUGCCGAAAUCUUUGCCUACCUGCUGCUUUCUGUAUAUCUUGGAAAUGUCAUAAAGUCAGAGUUUGGUUCCAACAAACCGUGGCACUAUCCUGUCACUCAGUAUAUGAAGCCAUCUGCUCCAAAACUCUCAAAAAUUGACGAUGAAUAUACGCACACUUUGGAUCAUAAUGUUGUGUCUACCGAAAACGAAGAUGUCCGUGCUGAGCGUAUACGGGUAUUGAAUGAGCAAUAUGAAAAAGAUGCUCCGCUUGUCAUGCGCAACAUGGUUAAAGAAUAUACCAAUGAGUCUGGUAAAAAAAAGACUGCUGUUAACAACAUCACUCUUGCCGUUGAGAACAAUACUGUGUUUGGACUGUUGGGACCUAACGGUGCUGGAAAGACAAGCUUGAUUAGUAUUUUAACUGGAGUAUACGAGCCUACCACUGGAAAUGCCACUCUUGGUGGACAUGAUAUUAUCAAAGAUGCCGAUGCCGCGUUUCGUUCGAUUGGUGUUUGUCCUCAAUUUGAUAUUUUAUGGGACGAUCUUACGGUAGACGAGCAUCUUUUUUUCUAUGCUAGACUCAAAGGAGUUUUCCCAGAGUUUGAGCGUGAAGCAGUAGUCGCUGCAAUGGAGCUUGUCAAAUUAGAGACAAUGCGGAGUCGUCGUGUAAAGAACCUUUCUGGUGGAGAAAAGCGUCGAUUAAGUAUUGCUAUUGCUCUUGUUGCAGACCCAAAAGUUGUGUUUUUAGAUGAGCCUACUACUGGAUUGGAUCCUGAAGUAAGACGUACUGUAUGGGAUGUGAUUGCUCGUGCACGAGGAAAUUGCGCUAUUCUUAUGACAACGCACUCUAUGGAAGAAGCAGAAGUGUGCUGUCAGUGCAUUGGUAUUAUGGCCAAAGGCACAAUGCGAUGUAUAGGAUCCACAACAACUUUAAAAGACAGCUAUGGAUCUGGAUACAAACUUUCUAUAUAUGGUGAAUACCAUCGACUUGACAGUGCAGAACAGUUUCUCAACUCACUUUUACCAAACUGCGAGUUCAAGCGAAUCCAAACAUUUAACAAUGUACGUGUAUAUGUGUUUCUUCCUAAAGCCCAGGAAUUAGCAUUUGUAUUUGAUGCCAUGGCUCGAGAACAUUCUCGAUAUGGUAUACAGAACUGGGGCAUCAGUCAAACGACUCUAGACGAGAUCUUUACAAAUUUAAUUACUGAAGAUGAUGCCUCGUGAAUUACUAGUAUCAACAUAAUAAAUGACAUGAAAUUG